CCUAUGGAUGUUCAAUUUUUUUCACUUACAUUUUCAAUUUUGUUACAACAGUUUUAGUACGGAAAGCAAUUAUCCUUACUUACCAUGGAGAUCUGAGGAAACAGUGGCUUGCAUAAGGCCACCUAGUGAAUUUUGGUUUGAGGCCUCAUAAGACAUUGUACAUUUCUAGACUAGGAGGUUAGCAAAAGGAAGCAAACAUGCCGUCAGAAACGGGAAAAUCAGAUAUGGAGAGGAUUGGCCUCUUUAGUGAAAUGGAAUAUAUUACUGUUGGGGACAAAUAUGUUUCGCCAUUUAACCGUCCUUUUAAUGAAGCUGCAAGCAAGAACAAGCAAAUGUUGCCAGGAGGCAACAAAGAGAAGUCAGCCACCCAGGCAGGUUAUUUUGAUCCUGUGUUUGGAAGAAUAUUUGAAGGUGAAAGUUACUUGAAUCCUGUUCAGUUAAGGAGACGAUAUCGAAUGGCAGAGGCAAAGAAAAACCUGGGAGACAAACCCUUCCUCCCCAGUAGUGGUGAUAAAUUUCCUUGUGGUAUAGGAACUUACUAUGGAACAAUUGGAGGGCCAUAUCCUUAUUUUAGUGUACAAACAAGAGACAAAGCACCAUAUGUUCAACCUGGAAAGAAUCUGUAUACCAACCCAGGAAAGAAAGGCACUGGCUAUGGGUAUGCAAAUAUUACCAUAGGAAAACAGUACACACACUCAGUUGAACUAUAUGACGUUACAAGGAUAAAUUUUAAGAAAAUAUCAGAAGAACACCAUAAGCUGAUGAAAGGUGGGCCUUUCAAGUUGAAUCUUUAUCCCCGAGAAUAUUUUGAUAUGAAUCCUUACCAUGAUGAGAAACCGUUGCCACCUCUGAAGAAAGAACGUGCACCAGUGCCAGUUCAGCAACCUUUCAAGCCAAGUUCUCCUGGCAAGAAGCCAGGGGGCAUGAAAGCAGGCACAUUUGAUCCUUAUCCAACCCACUCCACAGACCCCUACAUUGUUAAGCUGCCUAAGCCUAUCACAACCAAUAAACAAGGACGCGUAUUCCAUCCUGCAGCUGGGACUAAAAGCAGGCCAGUGCGAAGUAUUAUGGCUGCAAAUGUUGAGAAGUCAUUAAAUGCAAUGAACUACACGGAUCCACGUGUGAUGUCCUAUUAGCAGUACAAAGCAAGCAGGCAAAGACCUUCCUAUUUAAACAGGCCUCCAGCCUUUACCUGGUUGGGGAAGGAGGAUGUGCAUUGGAUGUCCCCCCCCCCCAAAUGUGUUUUAUCUGUUGUUUUAAAUUAAUGUUUUAAUUAAACUGACUACUGCUUUUUAAA